AACACAUCGAUAGUUUGGCACUCGGUGCACAUCGAUAGUUUGGCACUCGGUGCACAUCGCUAAUUUGUAGCAACGAACGGGUGUGGGAAAAAUAGUCGUCGCUCGCUGCGAUUAAUUGUUAAGUAAAAAUUUGUUAGCAAAUUUGUUGAAUAACCAACGCAAUGGCCUGCAACGCAAGCAAGACGCAUCUCUUGCGCUCAAUCGCUAAACGCGGUUAUGCCACCUGCCCACGUCUCGUUGGCGACACUUCCGCCAUCAAUGUGAACGUUCUGGAGAACAAACUGGUUGUGGCCACAGCCGAUGCCUCCGUUCCCGUUGCCCGUGUCUCGAUUGUGUUGCGUGCCGGAUCCCGUAAUGAGGCCUAUGACACACAGGGCGCUUCCCACAUGCUGCGCCUCGCCGGGCUGAUGAGCACCCAGAGAUCGAGUGCAUUUGCCAUACAGCGCAACAUUCAGCAGGUGGGUGGCACUUUGACCACCUGGGGAGAUCGGGAAAUCGUGGGGUAUACCGUGGAGACGACAGCGGAUAAUGUGGAGACAGGUCUGCGUUAUAUGCAGGAUCUGCUGCAGCCAGCUUUCAAGCCAUGGGAGAUUAAGGAUAAUGCCAAAACACUGCACAAUCAACUGGAUGCGGUCACCACAGAGGAGCGCGCCAUUGAGCUGGUCCACAAGGCCGCCUUCCGUCGUGGUCUGGGCAACUCCAUCUACAUGCCCCGCUUCCAGCUGGGCAAACUGUCCCCGGAGAGUCUGCUGCACUAUGUGGCCAGCACUUUCUCCGCUGGCAGCGCUGCUGUUGUCGGUGUCGGUGUCGAGAAUAAUCUGCUUUCCGGCUUUGCCCAGAACUUAAGCUUUCCCAGUGGCGGCGGCAGCGCUGCCCAGAGCUCGUCCAGCUACUACGGAGGUGAUGCACGCAAAGAUACAGCAGGACACCGGGCCGUAGUCGCAGUGGCUGGCGAGGGUGGAGCUGCCAGCAAUCAGAAGGAGGCUUUGGCAUUUGCCAUCUUGUCGCAGGCUGUUGGCGCCGGUGCUGCCACCAAACGUGGCAAGGCAGCGGGUGCCUUUGGCGAGGCUGUCAACUGUGCUGGCGGAGAUGCGCCCAUCUCUUUCCGUGCACUCAACAGGAGCUACUCGGAUGCAGGCCUCUUUGGCUUUGUGGCUGCCGCCGAUGGCAAGGAUAUUGGCAAAGCUGUUGAUUUUCUUGUGCGCGCUCUGAAAGCGGGUUCCAUUUCCGACAAGGAUGUGGCUCGCGGCAAGGCACUGCUGAAGGCACGCACCAUCGCCAAGUACUCCUCGGACGGUGGCCUGAUCAAGGUGAUUGGUCGCCAGGCGGCGCUCAACAGAACCGUUCUGGAAGCCGACGCCUUGGUGGCUGCCAUCGAUGGCAUCUCGCUGCAACAGGUGCAAGCCGCAGCCAAAAAGGUGGCCAGCUCUAAGCUGUCCGUCGGCGCCAUCGGCCACCUGGCCAAUGUGCCCUACGCCUCCGAAUUGGCUUAAGUCUCUAGUUAAUCGAUCACCCCAUGUAAAACCGUAAAUGUAAUUUAAAUCCGUGCUGCAAAUAAACCUGUUGGAAACCAAAACGAAAACGA